AUGGAAAAAACAUAUAGACAACCAGCUCAACCUGAACCGAAGUCCGUCCCAAUGAAAGAAAUUACUAAAAGGUCAAUAGAAGUACAAUGCGAUCCAGUUGACCUAAUUGAGAUGGAUGAUCAUUCAGAUAUAAGUGACUCUGAUACAGUAGCUGGAGAAACAGUGGGAGAUGCAAAUGCUUAUGAUUCACCUGUGGGAGAAGAACCUGAUACUACUGAGGAUGAUGACGCAUCGUCAGUAGCAUCAUCACUUUACAACCGACGAAAUUUCAUUGCUACACCGGAAGAUCCUUCGUUGCCUACAUCUGCUAAUUUGCAGCAUGGACCCAGUAAUAGUCAACAACAUGCAACAAAUCUGACAAAUAGAAGAGAAGCAGCUGAGCAAAGAUCAGUAUAUAAAUCGGAGCGUGAUCGAAGUGAUUCCAGAACUUCGAACCAAGGUUCAGCUUCUUCCGAAGAACAGCCGUUAAUAUCAUCGACGUUCACAAGCAAUCAAGAGCCAGAUGAACCAGCAAAUGUUCCUAGGAAAACUUACAAAACGACAAAUGCAAAGUUACGAAAUAACUGCUACAAUCAAAGUGACGUUUAA